GUGCCACUUUUCAGGUCGUCCUCACACUGCUGGUGUGUUCCAUUUUUUGUCAUAUGUGGUGCUGGCAGAUUACGGGCCUCCCAUAGCUGCUGCCAGGCCAAAAAAAAUCUAAUCUGCCAUGGGCCCCUAUACCGCCUCCUCAUGCUGCUGCCAGAUCCACAGUGUCUCAUGCCAUGUGCCACUUUCAGGUCUCCUCACACUGCUGCUGCUGCCAGGCCCCUAAAUUCUGCCAUGGGCCCCUAUACCGCCUCCUCAUGCUGCUGCCAAGUCCAGAGUCUCUCAUGGGUCCCUGUUACGGCCCUCCAUUGCUGCUGUCUCCCAUCGCCACACUCUGCCCAUGUGCCACUUUCAGGU